AAACAAAUAUGUAGUAACUCUUUUUAUUACAAUAUCACUAGAAGGCUAUGAAUUGAGAUUUUAACUGUAAUUGCUCUGUGAUUGCUCCUGUUUUGUAUGUGAAUGCUGAAUGUUGACAUUCAACAUGGCGGCAUGUCGUCAGUGCUGUGCUGUGUCGUGCUUGUGUAAUUGUUAGUUUAGGACAUUUUUGAAACCAAGGCUCACUGUAAAUUUCACAAUUAAAUGCUGAAGAAGGAAACGCUAAUAUAGAAAUAUCGGAACAACACAAUCACACUCAGCACGCAUUGAAGACAUCUGAGGAUUUUCAAGUCAACAUUUAUCCUUUAAAUCUCCUAUGUUUUUUGAUUUACUCCUUUUAUAAAAGGAUGACUGCUGUUUAAAAGGAAACACGGUUAUUCUAAUAUAUGCUAAAUUGAGUAAAUAUCAAACAGUCGUUACAACACUCGUGCAUACAUAUGUGGAAAGUAUCAAUGGUCUAUGAUGUGCUAAGAAUUUUGUACGUGUAUUAAUUCGUAAAUCAACAUUAACUAUAUUGUUCAUUUAUACAUUGUGUACACAAGCUUUGUGAGAAAGAAGUAGGUGAGCCAUAAAGUGACCGUGAUUGUGAUUGCGGCUGAGAUUGUGCUGCUUUUGGUUAAUAAAACACACUUGUAUUUGUAUUUAAAAAGAGUGCCAAUUUCGCACAGAGUUGUCGAGGUACUCGCAGAUGAAUAAUUUAUGAUAUACGUCAAAAUACGUUCAAAUCCUUCCUUCCACUUCUUGGUCACAAAGGAGCCUGAAUUUCCACAGCAUUUUAAAGAGCCUCUCUUCCUCUGUAUUAAGUUCUUGUAACAUUAUAAUAGUGAACAAAGAUAUAAGGUACCAAGAACCGUUCUGUGAUAUCUAUGUUAACACUUAAAUAAUUGAAAAGACUAAAAAUUUCUAAAUAUAAGUAAAUGUAUAUUGUGGUGAAACAGAAGUGAACAUAAAAAGAAAUUAAGUAAUUGUUUCAAGAAAAGAGGAAUACUUAUACGUAAAGAUUACAUUUAACAAUUGUGCGAAUUUGAAACAAUGUCCAACAAUCCUCAGUGGAAAUCGUUCCAGCCGCCAAUCAUGAACUCUGACCCUGCAAUACUUGAUUAUAAGUCCGUGGCUAUACCAAGUCCCAAAGUUAUAACGGGAUCACGUCAAUCAGCAACUAAUAUCUACCGAAAUGGUAACAACUACAGUAGUGACCAUUAUAUGACAGAUUCACCUCCUGGAAAUGGAAAAAAUAAUAUACACUAUGCAGGUUACACUAAUACCCAAACAUCACGUAACGAAGUUAGCAGAUUUCCUUUUGGAACAUUUACUGGAAUGGAAGGAAAUACUGGUUACACAGAAGAGCCGUCAACAAAUAAUUCCACUUAUCAGGAUCAGACUGCUAACCAAGGGACACGUGAAACAGGAAUUAUUGAAAAAUUAUUACAUUCUUAUGGAUUUAUACAAUGCUGUGAAAGGCAAGCAAGGUUGUUCUUUCAUUUUAGCCAAUUUAGUGGUAACAUAGAACAUUUAAAAAUUGGCGAUCCAGUUGAAUUUGAAAUGACUUAUGAUCGACGAACAGGAAAACCUAUUGCUAGUACAGUCAGUAAGAUUUCACCAGAGGUGGUGCUAAGCGAAGAACGAGUCACUGGAAAUGUAACUACGGAACUGCAUGCGAGCGGUGACUCACAAGGGCGUAUCAGUUACGAAAACAGAGGAGAAUGUUUUUUUUUGCCAUAUACAAAAGAUGAUGUAGAAGGAAAUGUUGUUUUGCGUACUGGAGAUAAAGUGUCAUUUCAAAUUGCUACUAAUCAACGUGGAAAUUUGGGUGCAUGUCACGUAAGAUUGGAAAAUCUAGUACAUCCAGUUCGCUAUCGUGGAGUAGUAUGCUCGAUGAAAGAAAACUUUGGCUUUAUUGAACGUGCUGACGUAGUUAAAGAGAUUUUCUUCCACUUUAGUGAAGCUAAAUCUAUGAAAGAAGAACUUAGACUAGGAGACGAUGUUGAAUUUAUAAUACAAACUCGAAAUGGAAAAGAAGUAGCUUGUAACAUUACUAAGUUACCACCUGGUUCUAUAGUAUUUGAAGAAGUCAGCAACGAAGUAGUAAAGGGGCAGGUAUUAAAGUCUUUAGAAAGAGGCACUGCAGCCCGUCAUCAAAAUGAUCCAUUGCCUGGAAGAAUUCGUUAUAGAGAUACUGAUCAUUCUGAGGUUGAAAUUCCGUUUGGUGACAAAGAUCAAAAAGGAGAUUUUACUCUCAGACAUGGGGACUGGGUCCAAUUUCGUAUUGCUACAGAUACUAGAGAUCAACUUAAAAGAGCUACUGAAAUAAUGUUGUUACCUGAAUCUUUUACUGUGUCUGGUGAAAGACGAGAACAAGGCAUUAUUGCUGCUCUCAAAGAUGGAUUUGGCUUUAUUCGUUGUGUAGAUCGCGAUGGGCGUCUAUUCUUUCAUUUCAACGAAAUUCUUGAUGUUGAUAGAGAAAUUACUGAUGGAGAUGAAGUUGAGUUUACAGUUAUUCAAGAUCCCACUUCAUCAUUUUCGAGUAAUCGACAAAGUGCAAUUAGGUUGAAACAUUUACCGCCUGGUACAGUUCAAUUUGAAACAAUCGUAGAAAAAGAUUUGGUGGGUACUGUAAUUCAAGGCGGAAAUGGUUUGGUAUCUGGUCUCAUCGGAUACACGAAAGAGAAUCAACAAAAGAGUGUUAUUUUCUUUACCAAAGAUUGUGAUUCAAAAAAUAUUCCAAAAGUAGAUGACAAGGUUCAAUUUAGUAUCUGUCAAGUAAAACGAAAUAAAGUACUUGUUGCUGUUGACAUAUCUCUAGUGAAUUCUUCUGGUGAAAAAACUCAGAAUGGUAAUAAAAAGAUAAACGGUCAAGUUUGUCAGGGCUUCAUUGCUGCUCUCAAAGAUGGAUUUGGUUUUAUUGAGACUGUAAAUCACGAUAAAGAAAUAUUUUUUCACUUCGGCAAUUUUGAAGGAGAUGUUAGUGCUUUGGAAGUAGGAGCUGAUAUUGAGUGUAUAAUCAGUUCUGGAAACGGUAGAGGUAACGGUGGUUGUGUUGCCGCGGAUUACGUUAAAUUAGUACCUCGUGGAAGCAUUCCUAGGCCAAUACCAGUUAGUGAAGUGCUCGAUGGAACGGUCGUAAGACCACUAAGAAGUGCAAAUCCUGACCAGGCAGAGUAUGCUGGUCUGAUAAAGAUAAACGCUACUAACGAAGAUGAAGACACUCCGGAAUAUGAGUUUAGAAUUAUGGGACUGGUUAAUAAACGUGAACUACUACAGGCCGGUGACCCUGUACAACUACAGGUGGAUUCAGCAGGUCAUGCUUGUAAUAUUGUAGCAGUUAGAAAAAAGAGAAGAGCAACAGUGGAUGCAGUGAAAGGUCCUUUCGGUUUUCUUACCUACGAGAUUGACGAGGGUAAGAAAUUAUUCUUUCACAUGAGUCAAGUUCGAGACCAUGCGAUACUUCAGCCAGGAGAUCCGGUUGAAUUCGUUUUAAUUACGAAUCAACGCACUGGUAAAUCCUCUGCAUGCAAUGUAACACGAAUAAGCGAUUCAGUCCAACAACGACCCGAACGUUUGAUCAGCCGAUUGCGUACUACAUCUUUGGGAGAUACAGGUCCUAAAUUAACAGUAGUUAGACAACCAAGGGGGCCAGACGGCACGCGUGGAUUUAGUCAAGAAAGAUGCCAGCAUACCCCUGGUGCCAUUCAAGAUCCAUACACUUCGGUACCGAGAUUAUUAUUAUCAUAAGCAUGAUCGUAAACAUUUGCCAAAUUGAGACUAAUGUGACAACAAUAAUAAUAUUGAUAAUAAUCAAUUGGAUUAUGAACUUGUUGAGAGAAGAAAAGAAUAUAAAAUAAAAAAAACAACGAGUCAUUUUAUCAUCUUAUAAAGUAUGAAAAUGAUUAGAGUGGCACUUUGCCUGGAAGUAUUUAAUUUUACUAAACGUCUAUUGAAAAUCUCGUUUCAUUUACAACAUCGCAUAAUAGAUUUUCUGAAAAUGUUGUAAAAUAUUAUUCAACUUUUUUAAUUGCGUACUCUCUAUGAAAAUUUGACGAGCAUUUCCUUCCUUCGGUUUAUUAUAAAUACAGAUAUAGGUUGGAAAAUAAUUUAAUAUUGAGACGUUGACAACCGGCUCGUUUGUAAUGUUCGAAGAUAAUGUCCUGUCUGCCUUUAUAAGAAUAUACGUACAUGUUGAUACAACAUUUAUUUAUAUUAUUUUCUUUAGAGUAUCUGUUUUACCUAUAACGUACACUACAAUCAGUUUAAAAUGUACAAUAGACAAAACUGAAGUCACAUGCAAAUGCAUCAUAUAUAUAAAAUACUGAUUGGCCGUAUAAUCAAAAGAGAUGAAGAAAAAGAAGAAGAAGAAGGAGAA